GCUUUAACCUCACCAUGACAACAUGGAAGGGGAUCUUUGGAAAAGCAAUGUCAAACGACACUUGAACGGACUGGUUCAAGCUUUUGAGCAACAGAAUGACUCGAAAGCGCUGGCGGAUUACUUUAGAGGUGUGGGAAAUGAGCUGGAUCAAACGGGAGCCUUGGACUUCGAGCCAUUUCAGCAAUUCUGGUAUCGUCACAAACGGGUCGUUGCUUUACAGAAUGUUAAGAAACGAUUAUCAACGGGCACGGGAAAUGCUCGGAGCGAUGCAUCGUAUCUGUCAAGACAACGGGCUGAAACCGACUUUGAAAGUGACGACGUUCUUUCCAUAACUGACAAUUGGGAUAUGGAAUCCAGCAGACUGCAAGAGUUCAAGGACAAAGUACAACGGAGUUUGAGGGACGACCGAGACUUUUUUGAACCUGAUCAAGUCAACACUCCGUCGAAUUCUGGCAAUGAAUUGAUUGAGGCCGAAAAGGCCUUCACUGCAGCUGAGAAAGAUGCAAAUGGUGCUCAUAGGGUAUUCAGGUUGCAACUGCUGGCCUUGAGACUCCAAUUGUUGCAGAGUGAGGCCGCCCAACAUUGUGGGGGCAGCCGCAUUCCCAUGGACAAACACAUAACAACAUACUUUGCGGAAAAGUGCUGGGCGCACCUCGACACAAAGGUCCGGAAAGAGAAAUGUGAAAAGCUCGCGCGAUGGCGCGGCUAUGGGGAGAAAUGGCUUGCGUUAACAGAGCCCGCGAUUGUCCUGGCUUUCGGCCAUAUACUGAGUGACAAUCGGUGGUUUACAGAAUUCGAACAACGGCGCUUCCCGAUAGCAGCUUUCAAUGCUGUUGUCGGGACGUUGCAGGCUGCGAGUAUCAUCCACGAUUUGAGGAAGUUGUGGUGUCUGCAACUGUCUUGGAACCACCUUUCAAUCCGGUUUCAUCCAGAGCAAUGUUUCUGCGAAGGCACCGAUGCUGUUCUUAGUGAUGGGGUGACUCUCUCGCCCGAGCCACUGGCAGAGAGGAUGGGAAGGCAUCAGCGUCAUGGGAGGGUAUCCGACACGGAUGAUGUUGGGAAUGAGCAGUCCUCCCAUGAGUCCAGUCCCUCGAGUGCAGCGGAACAUGCCCCAGCAGAAAACUCUGUUGAAGCUAUCACCCCUGCAGAGGGAACAGUCAUCCCACAACCUCUAACGCCAUUAAUUGAAAUGUUGCAUCAAGUCGUACCCCAUGAUAAGCGUUCAGAAAGCGGACAGGCAAGCGCUUCGAGAAGGGCAGAGUUUAGUCCAGAAAACAAUACCUGGACUCCGGGGGAGACUGCGAGCCGGCCAUCAGCCGACAGCAAUGAACUACAAAUACGCAACGAAACGGCAUCAGUUCUGAAUAUUGAAUCACCGGGGCGGAACACUGGCCUUUCACACGACCUCCAUAUGGGUUCCAGCUAUAAUGCAGGACUUCCCCAGUCAGAAUCCGGCGGUUCAAUAGAUGCAAACACUAGUCUUCAUCCGUCAAAUCUCAUUUAUUCUGGAAACUGGGAUUGGAAUUUCAACCCGAUGCUGGACAGUUGGGAUCAGAAUUACACCAUUCGCCCGUCGUUAAGUGAGAUAACGCAAGGUAACUUUUCGAGUUGGGAUCAGAAUUAUACAUUGUUUGAAUAGCGACACGUUCCAAUAACCCUAAUCAAUGAUAUGACUCCAAUCAUGC